CGGAAGGGUCCUUUGACAUCUUCACGAGUCCAACAGCAAACUAGCUUGCUUACGACGAGUGGCUUAAAAUGAGCGACGUUACGCUAUAAUUUGACAGUUGUGCGACUGUCCAUGCACUUAUUUUCCAUUUUAAGGAUAAGGUUGUGCGAGGAAGAAAAGGUUUCAAAGAAGAAAGAAGAUAAUUUUGGAAAGGAAGCUGGAUAAACAUGUUGAGCUCCUGUCGCCGUGCCCUUCAGGGUCUGCUCGGCCAAAUGACUAUCAGGAGUUUCUCUGUGACUCCUGUCCAGAGCACAGUCGUCGUGGAGCGUUGGUGGGAGGUCCCUUUGUCCAAAGUCGGGAGUCCGCCGAGGCUGCACCCACGGAGACACCGCAUCUACAAAUUGGUUGAGGACACCAAACAUUCUCCCAAGGACAAGCUGGAACUCAUCCUAACUCAGACGGUCCCAAAGUUGGGCGGACGAGGAGAUACCGUGUUUGUUAGGAAGUCCGUUGGGCGGAAUAAGCUGCUGGCCCAAGGGCUUGCGGUGUAUCCAUCGCCAGAGAACAAAGAGAUGUUUGCGGAGGAGCGAAGGCUGCUGCAUGACGGGAAGCCCGAUGAAAGAGUCCAAACCCGAACUGGACAAAUGACUGUGGACUUCCUCAAACGUUGCAAGCUGACCAUCAACAAAAUGCCCUCGGAUGACUUUAAGCUCACCAGUGAGGUCGUUAGGAGACAUUUUCUUCACAAGCUGAUUGUGGUUGUGCCUCCUCAUGCACUCAAACUUCCCUUUGAGCCGAUCACAGAGUUGGGCGACUACUGGUGUGAAGUCACGGUCAACGCAAUUGACACUGUCCGGAUCCCCUUGUCGCUGGUUCCCUACGAGGACCCCUCAGCCAGUCAUCAGCGGCUCCUGAAGGCACAGAGGAAGCAGCGGGCCGUCCAGAGAGAGACUUUGGAAGCAGAGGCGUGUCAAGACACGGACGCCCCACCCAGCGACAAACUGAAAAAGGACACUUGAAUGACAUCCAUGGAGUUGAUUUCAAUGCCAUUUGUGUGCAUGGGCAGCCUGACCAGGAGGAACACUUACUGUACGUUUAUGAGCGGGAAGCAUACACCAUGGAAAGGAAUACAUUUGGAGCUCUAAAAGCCACCCAGAUGUCAAAAGGUGUCCAACAGCCUAUCUCAUUGUAAACCACUGAAGGGGGGCUGGGUUCCAAAACGGGAGCAUGGUCUGGAUGGAGAACUGAACAAUUUGUCCCCCAAACAACCAGGGCAGUGUGAGGGGAAUGUGCAUACCAGUUGGAGAUCUAAGGGUCCUAACGGCCAGGAAGCUCUACUCUAAUGUCUGAAUGACGCCAGGUUUUCCCACACGCGUCGGAGGGGACUCAGAAACCAUAUUUGGCCUGGGUCUGUCUGCGGGUCAUUCGGUUUUCUGCCCAGCUGUUCUUCAACUCCAG